UUCAGUUCUAAGCAGGGUGUGGGAGUACGUUGGAUGGCCUCACUACUGCCUUCAGAGCACAGGAAUCUUUAAUGACUGGAAAACUCAAUGGAUCAUAUUUUUAUAAUCUAAGCUAUUUUUACGUUGACUGUGCUGUAAACACAUGGAGGAGCUCUUGUGGUACAAUGCCAGAAAGACUAACGGAAAUGCUUAUGGAUACAUGGACUCCAUUAAUAAUAUUAUGGAUUACUGUCCUUCCUUCCAUUUAUAUGGCUCCAAUGAAUCAAUCUCAAGUACUACCAAGUGGAUCCAGUACAGGACUAAAAAGACUAACUGAAGAACAAAGAGUUUUGAACCGUUCCAAGAGAGGCUGGGUUUGGAAUCAAAUGUUUGUAUUAGAAGAAUUUUCUGGACCUGAACCAAUACUAGUUGGCCGGUUACACACAGAUCUGGAUCCUGGCAGCAGCAAAAUCAAGUAUAUUCUGUCAGGAGAUGGAGCUGGAACAAUCUUUGUGAUCAAUGACAAGACUGGAGACAUUCAUGCAAUGAAAAGGCUUGACCGUGAGGAAAAAGCUGAAUACACUCUAACAGCACAAGCAGUCGACAGGGACACAAACCAACCUCUGGAGCCUCCUUCAGAAUUCAUUAUUAAGGUUCAAGACAUCAAUGACAAUGCCCCAGAGUUUGUUGAUGGUCCAUAUCAUGCCACGGUUCCAGAAAUGUCUGUUGUAGGCACCUUUGUUACUAAAGUAACAGCUACAGAUGCAGAUGAUCCAGUUUAUGGAAAUAGUGCCAAGCUGGUUUAUAGCAUUCUGGAAGGACAGCCUUACUUUUCUAUUGAGCCACAUACAGCUAUAAUUAAAACAGCUCUUCCCAACAUGGACAGAGAAGCCAAAGAAGAAUACUUUGUGGUCAUCCAAGCAAAGGACAUGGGAGGACAUAUGGGUGGACUCUCUGGAACUACAACAGUGACAAUUACACUCACUGAUGUUAAUGACAAUCCUCCUAAGUUUGCACAGAGUCUGUAUCACUUCUCAGUAAUGGAAGAUGUUGCUCUUGGUGAACCAAUAGGAAGGGUGAAAGCAAAUGACCUGGAUAUUGGAGAAAAUGCUAAAUCAUCCUAUGAUAUUAUUGAAGGAGAUGGAAUGGAUAUAUUUGAAAUUACUACAGAUGCCCAAACUCAGGACGGCAUUAUUAGAGUGAGAAAGCCGCUGGACUUUGAGACCAAAAAAUCCUAUACUCUGAAGGUAGAAGCAGCCAAUGUUCAUGUUGAUCCUCGCUUCAUCAGUGGAGGACCAUUCAAGGAUACAGCAACGGUAAAAAUUGUAGUAGAGGAUGCUGAUGAGCCACCAAUCUUUUCAUCACCUACUUACCUACUGGAAGUGCAUGAAAAUGCUGCUGUUAACUCUGUGAUUGGUCAGGUGACUGCCCAUGACCCUGACGUGUCUUCCAGUCCUAUAAGGUUUUCCAUUGAUCGGCAUACUGACCUUGAGAGACAGUUCAACAUUAAUGCAGAAGAUGGGAAAAUAACUUUGGCAACACCACUGGACAGAGAAACAAAUAUGUGGCACAACAUAACUAUUGUAGCUACUGAAACUAGGAACCACAGUCAAGUGUCCCGGGUGCCCGUUGCUAUCAAAGUUCUUGAUGUAAAUGACAACGCUCCUGAGUUUGCAUCAGAGCGUGAAGCCUUUUUAUGUGAGAAUGGGAAGCCUGGACAAGUAAUUCAGAUUGUCAGUGCUGUUGACAAAGAUGAUCCUAAAAAUGGGCAUUAUUUCCUGUACAGUCUUCUCCCUGAAAUGGUCAACAAUCCAAAUUUCACCAUCAAGAAAAAUGAAGAUAAUACUCUCAGCAUAUUGGCAAAGCAUAGUGGAUUCAGCCGGCAGAAGCAAGAAGUAUAUCUACUGCCAAUCAUAAUAAGCGAUAGUGGAAAUCCUCCCAUGAGCAGCACUAGCACUCUCACUAUUCGAGUCUGUGGUUGCAGCAGUGAUGGUAUUGUGCAGUCCUGUAAUGUUGAAGCAUACAUACUUCCCAUUGGACUCAGUAUGGGAGCCCUAAUUGCAAUAUUAGCAUGCAUCAUUUUGCUGCUAGUCAUUGUGGUGCUGUUUGUAACACUAAGAAGACAUAAGAAUGAGCCUCUAAUCAUCAAAGAUGAUGAAGAUGUGAGGGAAAAUAUUAUUCGCUAUGAUGAUGAAGGAGGUGGAGAAGAAGAUACAGAAGCUUUUGACAUUGCAACUUUGCAAAAUCCAGAUGGAAUUAAUGGAUUUUUGCCUCGUAAGGAUAUUAAGCCUGAUCUUCAAUUUAUGCCCAGGCAGGGUCUUGCACCUGUUCCUAAUGGUGUUGAUGUUGAUGAAUUUAUUAAUGUAAGGCUUCAUGAAGCUGAUAAUGAUCCCACAGCUCCACCAUAUGACUCUAUCCAGAUUUAUGGCUAUGAAGGAAGAGGGUCAGCGGCUGGUUCCCUUAGCUCAUUGGAGUCCUCUACGUCAGACUCAGAUCAGAAUUUUGACUACCUCAGUGAAUGGGGUCCUCGCUUUAAAAGACUUGGAGAACUUUACUCAGUUGGAGAAAGUGACAAAGAAACUUGACAGUGGAUUACAAACUUUUUCACUGUUGACUUAAUGAUCAUGUAAUAUUCUAGGGCCACUGCUGUUAGUUAAAACUAAUGUGGCUUUUUGUUUUAGAGGCAAGUU